CAUCCCAAAGGGAACACUUUUCCCAAUGUGUGGUAUGAACUUGGCUUUCGACCGUGAUUUGAUUGGCCCAGCUAUGUACUUUGGUCUCAUGGGUGAUGGUCAGCCUAUUGGUCGCUACGACGACAUGUGGGCUGGUUGGUGCAUCAAGGUGAUCUGUGACCACUUGAGCUUGGGAGUGAAGACAUGGAUUGAAGCUUGGGAUGAGCUUAACCCACCAGCAGCCAAUGGCAAAGCUUGAGCAGUAAUGAGCCAAAACGAAAAAACCACCACAGUUUUGGUUAUUUUAGCUCAAAUUAUCUUUAGUUUUAAAUUUCGGAUUUUACAAACCUUUCUUGUUUUUACACAUUUGAAUAGUCGUAUUUUAUGAGCUUUUUUCUUUGGUUCAUUAAUAAAAAAGCCUUUCAUAG